AUGACCACACCAGUGAAGCGACGCAACUACACCGAUAAGGAGGACGUGAUGCUCCUGCGCCAAGUCUCUCUCGAACUGCCGUUUUUGGCGCGCCGUGGCAUCAUCAUGGAAAAGUGGACGGCUGUAGCGCGGGCCCUUGUCGCGUCCGACGAGUUUACACGCACCGACCUCGAUGCCAAGAAGGCGAACAACCGCUUUAAUCUCCUUAUUGACAGCCACCGCAAGCACAACAAAGAUUCAGAACGAGCAUCCGGGGUCUCCGAGGAAGUUUCAGAGAAGGUCCUUCUGUUGGACGACCUUCUCGCUGUAGUCGACGACGCGAAGGACGAGGAGGCAAAGCGUGUUGUAUCAACACAAAAGGCCAACCAGCACAUUGAAAACUUGGGCAGCAUUGUCCGCGACGAAGCAAUGAUAUCGUUGGGCAAACGAAAGCAAGCAUGCGAUGUCGAAGGCGAAGUCUGA